GAGAAAGUUUUAUUCUAUAAAAUUUUUCAUUUGAAUAGCUAUACACAAGUAUUCCACUGGACUUGAAGGCAACAAAGUCAUAAUGAUGAUGGUGAUGACAAUAAUAGUAAUAAUGAUAUUGGAAGAACAUGAUGAUUUUCACCCAAUUAUGUAAAAGAUAGGUACCUAGAUGAUGAUGAUGAUGAUGAUGAUGAUGAUGAUUGGUGGUACAAGGCAGCUAAAGCUGACCAAAAUUUAUGGAGUUGCCCAGGAAGUAAUAAUAAGUUGCUCAAAAAUUAGUAUUAGAGGUAAAUCCUUCAUUUGGAUUCUUUGCUCUAACCUGUCUCACAAAAAAAUAUUUUUCGAAAACUGCAGUCUGAUGUUUUUCAACUUUUUUUUUCUAAUUUAAAUUUGUUUGGGAAGAACAGAAAUCCCUUGAAUUACAGACUUUUCAUGUAUUCAUUUCUACCUUUUUGUAGACAAAAUGACUUCUAUAAGAAACCUGGCCCGGGCUGCAAUCAUUUUAUGUGCCAUGUGCUUUUUUACAACCUCUGAUGGACGACCAAUGGUGAAAAGGUCAGUGAGCGAGAUGCAGCUGAUGCACAACCUGGGUGAGCACCGACACACGGUGGAGAGGCAGGACUGGCUGCAGAUGAAGCUGCAGGAUGUGCACAGUGCCCUGGAGGACGCCCGCGCGCUGAGGCCUCGCAAGGACGACGUCGUGCUGGGCCGGAGGCUGCUCCCGGAGCACCUGCGGGCGGCGGGGCAGAAGAAAUCCACGGACCUGGACAAGGCUCACAUGGAUGUGCUCUUCAAAACAAAGCCAUAGCGAGAGCAGCCAGAGCGCCGGGUCUGUCCACGUGAGCACGUCUGUGUAGCAUUGAUCAGUAGGGCACUUCAUUCAUAUUUAUUCCAGCUGCAGCAAGGAUUAAAGGCUCUCUUCAAGGCCGUAUCCCCACUGAGUGAGAUAUUUCACAACCAAAUAAUGAGUUGUAUUUACAGUCUACCCAGGACCGCUGCUAGGUACCUUUUGGCUGAUGUAGCUUAGAAAUUGCCAGCAUAAAAGGAAAGAGAAACCCAAACCAGUAAGAAAGCUGAAAAACCAUUUAAGACCGGUUCUACACCUCUCACAUGGGCAGUAUUUGUGUGUAACCACUGGGCCUGCUUCUACCGUU